AUAUUAACUCUAAUAACGAACUGUUGUUUAAUCAAGAAAAUAAUUCAAACCUAGAAAUUAUCAGUGAUCGUAAAUUUAAAGAACUGUCAGAAACUCUUACAGAUAAUGAGUUUGAAAUUGAUAAUGAGUUAGAUAAACUGUUAAAAAGUAAAAAUAUACAAAUAUUAGAAAUUUAUAUUAGACUAAUAUUUGAAACCUAG